AUGUCAUCUACACCCCUCAGGACGGCACCACUGAACCCCGAGCUUGCGGAAAUACAUGCCCAAUUUCUCUCUACGGAAAUCAAUACUCCGGAAGAACUUGCCAUCCGUCGAAAGAGAGCGGCAUGGGCAGUAGAAGACGUUCUUCGAGGCAGAGAACAUAUCAUUCAACACGAGGAAAUCGAUUUCGAAGGACCAGCCGGCCCUUUAAAGGCCACUAUUUUUCGCCCCCAACCCAACUACGAGCCAAACCACAAAAUCCCUGCAUCCAGAAUUCCAGGAGUUUUGAAUAUCCAUGGCGGCGGACAUGUAUCAGGAAACCGCUUUAUGGGAGUCGGAGGACCGCUAAGCUGGAUUGAAGAAUUUGGAGCCACCGUCAUCUCCGCUGAGUAUCGUCUAGCACCUGAACAUCCGCAACCCGCACAGCUAGAUGAUACCUACGCAGUCCUGGAACAGAUAAGUGCCAGAGCCGAAGAAUUCGGCUUUAGCAAAGACUACUUGUUCGUGUUUGGUGGAUCGGCGGGUGGGAACUUAGCAGCAGGCGUGUCAUUGUUAGCUCGAGAUCGCAAAGGACAUAAGAUCCGGGGUCAGUGUUUGAUGUGUCCAUGGCUUGAUGAUAGUAACACUACUGUAUCGAUGAUGCAGUAUGGACAUCUGCCGCCGUGGUCUCGAUCUAAUUCGAUCGAUGCGUGCAAUUAUGCCUUUGGGGUUAAUCGGGAACAUGUGAAUAUGUAUACAGUUCCCUCUCAUGCGAAGGAUUUGUCCGACUUGCCCUCUACUUGGAUUGAUGUUGGCGAGGCGGAUGUGUUUCGUGAUGAGUCUGUGGAGUACGCAUCGAUGCUGUGGAAGGCGGGUGUUCAGACAGAGUUGCAUGUUUGGCCUGGGUGUUGGCAUGGAUGUAGUGCUUUUGCACCUGCUGCGCCGGUUUCUCAACGAGUUAGAGCACUUCGGAUGGAGUGGGUGGAGAGCAUACUAUUUGCUUAG